UCCAACCAGGAUUUGCACAAUGUUUUAUAGUAAAAUAUAAAAUUGAGAUGACUUUACACCCAUCUUGGCUAUUCUGUAUAAAUAUCACCAAGUUGAGUAGAGUUGUAUGAUCCACCGAUAACUCUCCACUAGAAGAUCGUUCACUGAAGAGGUUGCACGCAACAUAUCGCACCAUGUCUUGUCACUGGAAAAGUGGAUCCGUAAGAUCUUCUAGCAGCAGCGUCACUAGUCACAGGGUCAACAGCUUGGCCGCAGACUUCACUUUGGGAUCUGAGCACUUUUCGGUUGGAGGUCAUAGUUCAAAUGAUGGACUUCUGCAUGGAGGAGAGAAGGAGACCAUGCAAAACCUCAAUAUCCGACUGGCUUCCUAUCUGGACAAAGUCAAAGCCCUGGAAGAUGCCAAUGCUGGUCUUGAAGCACAAAUCAAAGAGUGGUACAUUAAACACCAGCCAAAAGUAGAGGACUACAGCCCUUACUUCCGUAUCAUUGAGGAGCUCAGAUGCAAGAUCCUGGCUGAGAACUCCGCAAAUGCUCAACUAUUUCUGCAAAUUGACAAUGCCAAGUUGGCAGCAGAAGACUUUAGAAUUAAGUAUGAGAAUGAACUUUGCCUGUACCAGAGUGUUGAAUCAGACAUCUGUAGCCUGCGUAGAGUGUUGGAUGACCUCACUUUUGGAAGGUCCGCUCUUGAACCACAGCUGGAAAGCUUGAAAGAUGAGAUGGAAUGUCUGAAGAGGAACCAUGAAGCGGAAAUGAAUGCCUUGAAGGGAGAAAAAGCCGACAUUAAUGUGGAGUUGAAUGCUGCACCCGGAGUGGACCUAAGCAAGCUUCUGAAUGACAUGAGGGUUCAGUAUGAAGAAAUUGCUGAGCAGAACAGGCAGAAGGCUGCAGAGUGGUUUAAUGAAAAGAGUGCUGAACUCAACAAGGAGAUCUCACACAGCAGCGAGAUGGUCAAGAGCCACCAGACCCAACUGAAUGAGCUAAGACGUACUCUCCAAGAACUGGAAAUUGAGCUUCAGGCCCAACUGGCCAUGAAAAAAUCCCUGGAGUGCUCACUGGCAGAGACGGAGCGCUGCUACAACACUCAGCUCACGCAAGUGCAAGAAUAUGUAGUAAAUAUUGAAGAACAGUUGGGUCAGGUCCGUAGUGAUUUGGAAAGACAGAAUGCCGAAUAUAAACUUCUUCUAGACAUCAAGACCCGACUGGAAAAGGAGAUUGAGACUUAUCGCCGACUACUUGAGGGAGAAUCAUUGCACUACAAAGAAGUGAUAAUCCCUUGUAAAGAGCCAAAUAAAACCAGGAAAGUGACAACCAUCGUGGAGGAAGUGGUCAAUGGCAAAAUUGUGUCUCACAAAGUGAAAGCAACUGAAGAGAAGCUGUAGUACUAACCUUUUCUUCAUCUCCAUUGUCAUGGCCUGUGCUGAAUAAUACACGGCCCGCUUGGUAACUGGGCAUAAAGUAUCUCUUUGCUUUUACUAGUUAAUAAACAUUAUUGAGCAUUUCA